CGAGGGCGGUUACGUGGAGCUUGAAGGUGCCGCCCUUGCUGAACUUGCCGAAGCAUGUACCAAGGGAGACGAGAUUUGGGCGGGCGACGGAGACAGCAAGCUUCAUGGAGGACUCUGGGACGUAGAAGACGCGGUCUUUGUGCAGGCGGAAGCAGUAUGGUUCAUCUUUGCGGUCAAUGAGCGAUAUAAGAUUUUUGCCGAUGAAGUUGGAGAGCUUUGUGAACACUGCCUUGGACUCGUCCUCUGUGAGUGGGCGCAUGGUGGACGGAGGAGGAGUGGGGAGACGAGCUGGCCUCCGAUGAUAGACUAUUGAUUUGAGAUCACCCCGAUCGGACGGCGCCCGGCCCGAAUAACGCCGGCCUGCGCGUCGGGGAACGCGGCGACGCGUCUUGAUCACCUCGUCAUCAGGCAUGUCGACGGCCCCCACCUUCUCCUCCUUCCCCGACCUUGACCCGCAACCCAGUCAGUCCAAAGCAAAGAACAAGCCAAAGGAGAAGGCUAAGAAGCGGCACAGGAGCAGGAGCAGGAGUAGGGACCGUGAACGGGACAAGGACAGGGACAGGGAGAGGAAGAAGGAUAAGGAUGGAAAGAAGAAGAAAGACAAGGAUCGGCAUCGGGACGACAAACGCGACAAAGUCUACGAGGAAGCCUACGACGUCCGCAAAGAUGAGCGCGAUGCGGGUUUGCGCUAUUUCUACAGCGACCGCCGCGGAGAUCCCCUGAACAUCACCUAUGGCCGCAUUCACUCUGGCGACAUUCCAAAGUACAACAUCUACCACCGCGGUAGGAAGAUACUCGGUCUCGACUCUGCGUGGGUCGCACAUCGCACGGGGCACGGCGUCGAGGUGUUCCUCCGUGGGCCGCGCAAAGCGCCUGCGUUGACGGAUGCUCGUACACGCGCACUGCUUGCACAACCCCCUACUCAGCAUAUCACUGCAAACCCGAACAAGUAUCCCGAGGUUGACGGUGUCAUCGUCGUGCCCCGGCGUCAACGCGCUGCCGCCGAACCAGAAGACUCCUACCGCGCCAUCACUGCCGCAGACCGCGCCCGCGAUGACUCUGACUCCUCGUCGGAGGAAGAUGAAGGCGCCAGCGAGGAGGAAGAGGACGAUGGCCGACCCACUCUGUCAUACCACCAAGAGAAACUCGCGCAGCUCAACCGCCAGGUCACCGCUGAACCCGCAAACGAGCACGCCUGGCUCGAGCUCUUGCGAGAGUCCCUCAUUGACGUUCCACCCGACACCAAGAAUGCUUCAAAAGCUCGAGCAGAGAUUACCACAGCUAUACUCGGGCGCGCUCUCACACUGAACCCCCGAGCGUUGAUUCUGCGGAGGGAAUACGUGAAGGCGGGCGAGGAGAUCUGGCAUGAGAGCCGGGUGCGCGCUGAGUGGGAAGCCGCGCUGAAGGUCGGUGGGCCUGAUAUGUGGAUGGAGUGGUUGGAAUGGCGCAUAGGGCAGGCGAAGGAUGCUUUGGCUGGCAUUGUCGAAGACGCUGGGCGCGUGCUGGCGAACACGGAAGACGACAUGACAAGAGUGAGGGUUCUGUGGAGGAUGGCAGAACUGCUCAAAAGCGCAGGCUACAUCGAACGUGCUAAUGCUCUGUUCCAAGCUCAAGCAGAAUGGAUCACGCACCUACCUCAUACUCUGAAAGACCUCCCCUUCACCCAACAGCUCGACGAACUCGAAGAAUUCUGGGAAUCUGAAGUCCCCCGCAUCGGCGAACCCAACGCCUCCGGCUGGGCCUCAUGGGUCGCAUCUGGAAAGCCCGCGCCCAAUCAUACCCCUACCGCAUCGACCUCCUCCCGCCUCCCUCGCCCACCAACUGGCGACCCCUACACCCGCUGGGCGCAGUCAGAACAGCUCGCCGAUACCUACGCUUGUCUCCCCACUCGUUCCUUCGACGAGUCGGAGGACGCAGACCCGUAUGCGGUGAUCAUGUUCUCGGAUAUCCGGCCCCUGUUGAGUCCUAUCCGGGAUGAAGUCGCAGUGGAUGCAUUCAGGAAGGCGUGGCUCUCAGUACUAGGCCUGUGGGUGCCGGGCAACCAGGCAAGAGGAGAGUGGGACGACCGAUGGGCGUGUGCGCAUCUCGGACGCACAAGCUACGUCAAGCGCAUCUUCCAGCAGUACACGACGCAGACGAGCGUGAGCGCGGAUGCUGUGGCGGGCGUGCUCAUCGGACGGGAGCUGGCGUACGGCGACGUGUUUGGUCCGGUGAAAGGUUGGGGCGGGCGAGAUGUCGUACGCGCAUUGGAGGUGAAUGUGAGGAGGGAGAAGGGGAAGGAGCGCGCGAUGCUUUGGCGAAGUGAAGAUGUGGAGGAUGCACGAGAAGAGGUGGUGAGGACGGUGUUUGCGCAGAUGAGGAAGGGGCAGGGGGACGAGGAAUGGGAUGCAUUGGCGCUAAGCUUUGAGGUAGCGCUGGGGCAAUGGAAGAGUGCUACGAGACUCUCGCGCACCUUCCUUUCAUCGGCACGAGAUUCACUGCCGCACUGGUGUAUGCACGCCCAGCUGGAACGCUUGCGAGGCCGGCUGGACGACGCGCGCAAGGUGUACAACACCGUCCUCAUCGCCUCGCGACCCGCCAACAACGAGCCAGGCGCGGCCCAGCUGUGGUCCGACUGGGCAGAGAUGGAAUGGCUGGACGGCAAGCCAGAGGAGGCAAUCAACAUCAUCAUGAAGGCCGCCAACGUCGAAGGCCAGGGAGGCAUCGCUAUCCUUCGCGCGAGGCGCAAUCUCGAUGAAGCCAUCAAGACCGCACCCUCUUCGGACAGAUGGAAAGACCGCGAGGCGUGGGUCAAGAUGCUGGCGCUCUUCGAACUGCUGUCUGCGAAGGCGCUCCCAGCCGCGCUCGCCGUGUUCGACGCCCACGCCCCCGCUUCCGGCCUCGCGCGAGAGAGCAUGGCCGUAGCCGCCCUCAUGGUGAUCUACCGACACAGUAUCGUGUUACGGACGCCCACGCCGCCAGCGAUUCUUCGGGAGCGUGCGCGUGCCGCGCUAGACGAGUUCCCGAGCAACAGCGUGGUGCUCGCGAUGGUGCUCGAGGCGGAGAAGGGGCAGGCGAUUGCAGGGUACUUGCGGGACCUUCGUGGCGAGGGCCACCAAGCAAAGGACGUCACUCGACGUGUCAUGGAUGUGUGGGUGGGUGGUUGGAAUGGGAGGUGGCAGCUCGAAGCCGAGCGGACACGCACUGGACUGACGAUGGCGGUAGAGAGAAGUCGGACGAAGGGCUGUGCCAUGUUAUGGCGCCUGUUUAUUGAGCUUGAGCUGCGUUCUGGCGAUUUCCAGAGUGCGAAACGCCUACUUUAUCGCGCCGUACGGGAAUGCCCGUUUGCUAAAGAGCUAUACAUGAUGGCCUUUGACGCGCUCCGGUCGGCGUUUAGUGCGAGGGAGCUAGCCGAGCUGGGGGAUCUCAUGGCGGAGCGGGACAUCAGGAUGCGACGAGGGCUGGACGAGAUUGAGGUGGUGGGCGCGGAGGAGAGCAGCAGCAGCGAGUCCGAGUCUGACGGGGGAGAUCGCGAGCUAGAACAACAGGCUCGCGAGUACCGACGGCUGAUGCCCUACUGACCACUCAUUGUUCCGUGCCGUGCCUCGUGUUUACCCCUUCAUUUAUUGUCUCGGCGUGUAAACAUACGUAAAUAGAAGGAUGUGACUAUGUGACUGGACGUCACGUCAAC